GACCUUACCCAAGCCGCACAUUAGCCUCGCUUAGCCAGCGUGCGAACUCAUCCGACUUCGUUGUGUGCGUAGAACCUGCCCACAACGACAACAACCGCCGACAACAUACAUCCCAAGGGAGUAUCCUAGAGCAGCGCUCUUCCUUUCGCUGGAUAUUUUCCUAUAAAAACGGUGACAGAAGAGCAGGAUGUCCUCCACCGAGCCAGUCGUCGUCAUUGACGGCAAGGGACACCUUCUUGGUCGCCUGGCCAGCACUGUCGCUAAGCAGCUGCUCAACGGCCAGAAGAUCGUCGUCGUGAGAUGUGAAGCCCUCAACAUCUCUGGCGAGUUCUUCCGCGCGAAGCUCAAGUACCACGCCUACCUUCGCAAGAUUACUCGUUUCAACCCCACUCGCGGAGGUCCCUUCCACUUCCGUGCUCCCUCUCGCAUCUUGUACAAGGCCGUCCGUGGAAUGAUUCCCCACAAGACUGCCCGCGGUGCUGCUGCUAUGGAGCGCCUCAAGGUCUUCGAGGGUGUCCCUCCCCCCUAUGACAAGAAGAAGCGUGUCGUCGUCCCCCAGGCUCUCCGUGUCCUCCGCCUCCGCCCCGGCCGGAAGUACUGCACCGUCGGCCGUCUCAGCCACGAGGUUGGCUGGAAGUACCAGGACGUUGUUGCAAGACUCGAGGAGCGCAGAAAGGUCAAGAGCAGUGCAUACUACGAACGCAAGAAGGCCGCUCGCCGCCAACUCGUCCAGGCGCAGAAGUCGGCUGGUGUCAGCGACCAGACCAAGAACCAGCUUGCUCAGUACGGAUAUUAGAUACCUCAUUGCGCGGCUGGUUACUUCUGUCUUUGAUGGGAUGGUUGGAGGAUCGCAAACGGUUUUCUUUCAGCGAAGUGUUUGGACGGCGAACCGAUCGACCUUUUUCUCACUGUCCCUACCCUAUCAUGAAUAUUCCACAAUGAUUAUGUUGUGACGCACAUGGCUGGAGAACCCGAUUCUUAAUAUUAAAAAAUACGGAGUCGCUUGGGAUGGAAGGUUGUUCAAAAUAACCGACAUAUAUUUCGCGCCGUGGCGGUUUAAUCCAAAGAAUUUUCUUUCCGAGUUAAGAAUGACUCUACGACCAGUUAUUGUGUCUC